AUGUUCUCCAUCUGCGCUCUGAUGUACCUCAUCAUUUCUGCUAUACUCCAGACAAUACAGCUUGAAGAACACAGUCCAGAGAUCACUGACCUUCAGCAAAAGUGGCAGGACUUUAAAGCGAAGAGGCCAGGCUUAGGCUCAGACAUCCAGCCUGUGAAAAUGGAAAACAGUGCUGUUGGAUCUUCUCUAGAGUUGGAGGAGCUCAGAAGUGAGCAGGAUCUUGAUGACUGGCUCCUUGACUACAUCGGCCUUCAGCCAUCGGGUCAGCAGUCUAAAAGACGUCCGUCUUUUAAAACAUGGAAGCUCAGAAAAAUGUUUGGCUGGGGAGAUUUUCACUGUAGCAUCAAGUCUGCUUCCUUGGACCUUCUCAUCAAAGGAAAGAUAGUUGACCAUGGAAACGGAACCUUUAGCAUCCACUUUCUAUGCAAUACCACCGGCUUUGGGAACGUCUCCGUGGCACUGGCACCAUCUUCUAAGAUGGUGGAGUUUGGAUUAACGCAGAAGGUGGUUAAAGAGUCAGUGGAGUCGAAGCUGUUUAACUGCAGGGUGGAGUCGGAAAAGGUGGAGCAGAGCAGGAGGAGCUCUCGCUGCAGGUUUGACCUUUCAAGGAGCUGCGAGUAUCAGCAGACCCACAGUCACGUCUCCUGGCUGUGCUCUAAACCGUUCAAGGUCAUCUGCGUGUACGUGUCCUUCAUCAGCGUGGACUACAAACUGCUGCAGAAAGUCUGUCCGGACUACAACUACCACAGUGAUGCUCCUUACUUUCCUUCUGGGUGA